CCGUGCGGUUGCAGCUCCAGCUUCUGCUCCUGGAUUUGCAGGUUGGAUUGUAUCGGGGGUCGCACUGUGAGUGCUGCCUGGACCCCUCCGGGCUCUUCCUUCUCUUUCGGAGGAUAGGAACUUGUGGGAUGUGGAUGUUGUUACCUGCUGAGCCCGUCUGGGAUCUGUGACUGAGCGGGGACCAUGCUGGGUGUCACCCUGUACCUGCUGCUGCCUCUGAUGGAUGCCGUUCUGUCUGCUGAGUUGAGGCGACUGCCAUCUGGGGACCGACUGGACUGUGUAAAAGCCAACGAGCAGUGCCUGAAAGAGGCUGAAUGCAGCGCCAAAUACAGGACUCUGCGCCAGUGCGUGGCCGGAAAAGAGACCAACUUCAGCAAAGUCACCGGCCUGGAGGCCAAAGACGAGUGCAAGAACGCCACCGAGGCGCUGAAACAAAAGUCCCUGUACAACUGCCGCUGUAAACGAGGAAUGAAGAAAGAAAAGAACUGUCUGCGGAUAUACUGGAGCAUGUACCAGAUCCUGCAGGGAAAUGAGCUGCUGGAGGAUUCGCCCUAUGAGCCCGUUAAUAACCGUCUCUCCGACAUCUUUAAAAUGGAUUCCAGUUUAUCAGAACCGAUCAUCUCGAAGGGUAACGAUUGCUUGGACGCAGCGAAGGCGUGUAACCUGGACGACACAUGUAAGAAAUAUCGCUCGGCCUACAUAACGCCCUGCACUCACAGCAUAUCCAACGAGGUCUGCAACCGCCGCAAGUGCCACAAAGCCCUGCGCCAGUUCUUCGACAAAGUCCCGGCCAAGCACAGCUACGGCAUGCUGUUCUGCUCCUGCAAGGACACGGCCUGCUCCGAGCGGAGGCGCCAGACCAUCGUCCCCGCCUGUUCAUACGAGGAGCGGGAGAAGCAGAACUGCCUGAACCUGCAGGAGUCCUGCAAGACCAACUACAUCUGCAGAUCUCGUCUUGCACAUUUUAUGGCCGACUGUCAGCCGGACCCGCGAUCGGUGAGCAGAUGCCUGAAGGAGAACUACGCCGAGUGUCUGCUGGCCUACUCCGGCCUCAUCGGCACCGGGAUCACCCCGAAUUACAUAGAGUCCAGCAGCCUCAGCGUGUCCCCCUGGUGCGACUGCAGCAACAGCGGAAACUACCUUGACGACUGCUUGAAAUUCUUAAACUUCUUCAAGGAUAACAUCUGCCUCAAAAAUGCCAUUCAGGCUUUUGGGAACGGAACAGACGUGAAGCUGCAGCCGGACCCCCCGGUCCACACCACCGCCUCCUCCGUCCUCUCCAAACCCAGGCCUAAGGAUCCCGCCUUCCCAGACAACGUGCACUUCACCAACGAGAUCCCAACACACAACGGGCUGCCGGCGUGCGCCAGCCUCAUACAGGCGCAGAAGCUAAAAUCAAACAACUCUGUGGACUCUCAGCUGUGCCUGGCGGAGCAGUCGCUUGGGAAAGACCUAGUGGAACGGUCCUCCAGCGGCCACAUCUCCGGCAACGAUGCGCCUGGCGUCUGGUCCGGCACGGCCCUCCUCCUGCUGAGCACGACGCACUCUCUGCUCCUCGCCUGCGCCCUCCUGACGUUAUAGCCGCCGCGCUCCUCAUGGACCUCUUCAGAUCUCUAUAUAAAUCUAUAUUCCAUAUGAAGAAUAUUAUUCACUUUCCUACCUUCUCCUUCAUCUGAAUUUGCUGCUCCAGAACAAGAAUGAAUGAAGCAGAAGAAAACCAAGCGCUUUUUUGUGGUGUCCUCGGGGGAGGGGCUGUGUGAUUCCUGUUGCGAUCUGAUUAACCCCCCUGGUUCUGGGCAUGUCUUGUGUUCUAAAGAGAGUUUGUACAUUUGGUUGUCGAUAAAGUUUUUUUUGCUACUUUA